GUGAGACUGGGGACAGGAUCUCAGGAACCAGGAUCUGGCAGGGCUCAGAGCUGGCCACUGGGCAGCCAGCCUUCUGCCCCAAUCCCACUGGUGCGGAUGUGUCACUGCCCGCCGGAGCACCAUGAUGGCAGGAUGACCUCAGUUGAAGCAGCGGCAGCAGCUGGUGGUGCUCGGGUGACUAGGCCCCCUGAGUGGCCUCCUGGCAGCCCCCAGACCCUUGGGCAGCCUGGCCGAGCCCGGGUGGCCGUGGCAGCACUGGUGUGGCUGCUGGCAGGAGCCAGCAUGUCAAGCCUCAACAAGUGGAUCUUCACUGUGCACAGUUUUGGGAGGCCCCUGCUGCUGUCAGCACUGCACAUGCUGGCGGCAGCGCUGGCAUGCCACUGGGGAGCACAGCGACCCAUGCCAGGUGGCACCCGCCGCCGAGUGCUGCUACUCAGCCUCACCUUUGGUACCUCAAUGGCCUGUGGCAACGUGGGCCUGAGUGCUGUGCCCCUGGACCUAGCACAGCUUGUCACCACCACUACACCACUGUUCACGCUGGCCCUGUCGGCGCUGCUGCUCGGCCGACGCCACCACCCGCUACAGAUGGCUGCCAUGGGCCCCCUCUGCCUGGGGGCUGCCUGCAGCCUGGCCGGAGAGUUCCGGGCACCUCCCACCGGCUGUGGCUUCUUGCUGGUGGCCACCUGCCUCCGAGGCCUCAAGUCCGUUCAACAGAGUGCCCUGCUGCAGGAGGAGAGGCUGGACGCGGUGACCCUGCUGUACGCCACCUCGCUGCCCAGUUUCUGCCUGCUGGCGGGCGCGGCCCUGGUGCUGGAGGCUGGUGUGGCCCCGCCGCCCACUCCUGCCGACUCUCGCCUCUGGGCCUGCAUCGUGCUCAGCUGCCUGCUGUCUGUGCUCUACAACCUGGCCAGCUUCUCCCUGCUGGCCCUCACCUCUGCCCUCACCGUCCACGUCCUGGGCAACCUCACCGUCGUGGGCAACCUUGUCCUGUCCCGGCUCUUGUUCGGCAGCUGCCUCAGUGCCCUUAGCUACGUGGGCAUCGCACUGACUCUUUCAGGAAUGUUCCUUUUUCACAAUUGUGAGUUUGUGGCCUCCUGGGCUGCCCGCCGGGGGCUGUGGCCGAGGGACCAGGGUGGCAAGGGUCUUUGAGACCUGGAGGAGCUCAGGGGCCACCUGGGAUAGCCCCAGACUGAAUCUAACUUCGGCCAGUGGCCACGGGAAGGGUGGACAACAGG